CAGUAUUAAUUAGGGUAUCAGUAUAAUAUAUUGUAUAAAAAUAAAAAUAGAAAUACAAAUAAUUAAGACAUAAUAUAUGAAUUAAAACUUACUAUUAUACGAACAUAUAAAUUCGUCAUUUUUAUCAUUAGAUCAGUGUUAUCGCUCUUCCUUUUUUUCUCAUCAUCAUCGAUUCAUCGUCUUCGAUUUCGUAGAUCGUACGAGAACCAAUUUUCUCUCUCCUCUUUUUGGAUUGAUUCUUGCAUUUUAUUCUUCAGCUAAUCUGCACUUAAUCAGGGCAAUCUGGUUAGGAUACCAUUUUAGCCAAUCAAGACUAUUGUUAUGUGGGAUUUGAAUUGUGAAUGAUGUGGAAUUCCGAGAUAAUGCCAGGUUUCUAAAUGAAAACAUCUCGUGCAUGGCAGUUACGUGUAAGAGACCUGGUGACUAUGCCUGGGUCGCGUCAGCGGCCACAUAUGAAGAGGCCAGUAUGGAUUAUAAUACUGGUCUCUAUGGUGUGUCUUUUUCUCAUUGCUGCCUAUGUCUAUCCGCUCCGAAAUUCUGCCCCCUGCAGUUUCUUUUCCUCUAGUGGCUGUCUAAUUUAUGCUGAAGAAGAAUCCACUCCUACUAGAGAGCUGACCGAUGAUGAAAUUUAUAGCCGUGUUGUAGUUAGAGAAGUCUUAAAAACACCUCAUGUUGAAUCUAAAAACCCAAAAAUUGCCUUUAUGUUUCUGACCCCAGGUACCCUACCUUUUGAAAGACUCUGGGAUAAGUUCUUCCAGGGUCAUGAAGGCAGAUUUUCUGUUUUUGUACAUGCAUCAAGAGAAAAACCAGUGCAUGUUAGCCGUUACUUUCUUGGUCGUGACAUACGCAGUGACUCGGUAGUCUGGGGUAAAAUCUCAAUGGUUGAUGCAGAAAGGAGACUACUUGCUCAUGCUCUUAAAGAUCCUGAUAACCAGCACUUUGUAUUACUAUCAGACAGCUGUAUACCGCUUCAUAAUUUUGAUUAUAUCUACAACUAUCUCAUGUUCACAAAUGUCAGCUUUCUUGACUGUUUUCUUGAUCUAGGGCCACAUGGUACUGGAAGAUAUUCUGAGCACAUGUUGCCCGAGAUUGAAAAGGAUGACUUUCGGAAGGGAUCACAGUGGUUCACCAUGAAACGCCAGCAUGCCCUGAUUGUUAUGGCUGACAGCCUAUACUACAGAAAAUUCAAGCUAUAUUGCAGGCCAGGAAUGGAGCACGGGAAGAACUGCUAUGCUGAUGAGCACUAUUUGCCAACUUUCUUCCAUAUGACUGAUCCUGGAGGAAUAGCUAAUUGGUCAGUGACAUAUGUUGAUUGGUCUGAGAGAAAGUGGCAUCCCAGGUCCUAUAGAGCCGAAGACAUCACAUAUGAGCUUCUAAGAAAUAUGACAUUUCUUGAUCAGAGUGUGCAUCUGACAAGUGAUGAGAAGAAUCCAGUGACAAUAACACCAUGCUUGUGGAAUGGACAGAAGCGGCCUUGCUAUCUAUUUGCUCGGAAAUUUUAUCCUGAGACAUUAGAAAAGUUGAUUACUCUUUUCUCCAAUUAUACGGUGGUAUAGUGGGGGAACUUCUUCAUUCUUUAUGGUCGAUUGAUAUGGUUGACCUCGUAUUUUUUGGUAUAUAUAAACAAUAGGAUGCAGCGAGGUUUAAACAUGGAGUAUCCUUGGAUGAAUUUACUGUACACAACCGUUGCAAUGUUCAGAAACGUUCGGUGAUUGGCUAAGCUAUCAGCAAUACAGCAUUGCUUGACAUGAGGGCAAGGAGAUGAGGGCUUGAUUUCUUCCGAUGGUUCAUGCUUUGUAGGCCAACUAUGUGCAGUCCCUUCUGCCUCCCUUAGAGCUCUUCUUGUUUGGUCAUUUAUAACCGUAAAAUUUUGGGUUGCAGAUACUCAAUUAGGCUUGUUUUUAAGCGAGUAUAUACUCCUAGUAUAAUUAGUCCCUCUUUGUUUGGGGGUGUAGUAUUAUUGAACCUUGUAUUUUAGUGCUAUGAGCUUUUGCUUUUGGUAAUGAAAUAUAAGUUAGAAAGAUUUGUUAUGUAGAAUUAGUUGAAGCCAAUAUGAUUACUGUAUGUCGAGAAAAAGUAAAAAAAAAAAAAAAACAUCAAAUAAUGGAUUAGCUAAAAAUGACGCAUGGAACUGAUCAACAGAUAUAUAUAGGUGGAGAAUUGUAAUCCAAGUUAAACAGCAACUUAUUUUUAUUUUGAGGGCAAGUUAAACAGCAACUUAUGAAUUAUCAGAAAUGCCUCGAAAUUUUAUGACAUUAUUUACUUAUUUAUUUAUAAAGUAGUACGGAGUAUUAUUUUGUUGGCCAAUGGCAAAUGGACUUUAUUUUAUUAGCUUUGUAAAAGAAUGAGCCUAUCUUGAUUCUUGACUUGUGCUAAAUCAAGAUCAAAGUCAGUAAAAACCUCAAGCCAAUCUAGUUCACUUUUGUGAUUAACUUCAAUUUAGCAAUUGAAUGUGUUAAAAUAUUGCCCUCCCUAUUAACAUGAGAAAGGAACAAAGAGUGAGGGAUAGGAUAGCUUAGGUGGUAAGAGCAACAAAAAAAAAAAAAAAAAAAAAAAAAAAAAAAAAAAAAAAAA